UCCUGCCUGCUCCAGCACCUUCUCCGGGGACACAGACGGUGCCUGCCCCCCGUGAGCGCUUCACUCCGCGCCCGCCUGGCUGCGCUCCUCGGCCCGCUCCCGCGGGGAUCGGCCAGCGCGCAGGGCAGGGCCUGGGGGGCCAGCAGCGCAGCGCAGCACAGCGCAGCCCUCGGGCCGCCGGGGGAUCGCGGGGUGAGAGCCGGGCCGGGCGCUUUGGGGUCCCGCGGAGAGCCCCGUGCGCAGCGCGCCGGCGGGGCGCCGGGGCUAGGAAGGGUCCGGCUGGCCAGGGCAGCGCACAUGGCGGAGACCGGGAACCACAUGCGGCUCAAGGAAUGGCUCAUCGCCCAGAUCGACAGCGGCAGGUACCCGGGGCUGCGCUGGGAGAACCGCGAGAAAACCAUCUUCCGCAUCCCCUGGAAACACGCCGCCAAGCAGGACUAUCGGCAGCAGCAGGACGCGGCGCUCUUCAAGGCCUGGGCUGUCUACAAAGGGAAAUACCAGGAAGGAACAAAGGCAGACCCCUCCACCUGGAAAACCCGCCUCCGGUGUGCCUUGAACAAAAGCACUGAUUUUCAGGAGGUCCCCGAAAGAAGCCAGCUGGACAUCUCCGAGCCAUACAAAGUGUACCAGAUCCUGUCAGAUGGAGCCAGAGACCCUGAGAAGGAAGGCAGCCUGGAGUCCCCUCCCCCAGAAGAACAGCAGGCGAGCCAGUCCCCAGCCCCCAGGGACAUGGAGAGGGGAGUUAACUGCGAGCCAGACAAGGCUAGCGUGUCCUCGGGUUUGGAAGAGGAUGGGAAGAAGGAUCUGAUGGAGACCUCCCAGACUUCUCCAGUCCCUCUGGUCUCCCACUUACCAAGUCAUCCAGCAGACUCGGGGUAUCAGGUGAAAGGGGUUUUCUGUGGCUGGAGCCCAACACACGCUCGCUUUCUGCAGAGCCCACAGCCGAGUGAUCCCAGCUCCAAUCACGUCCCCACUGCAGACAUCAACAACUCAGAUUGCUGGCUGCACGUCCGCCUCUACUACCAUGACGUGCUGGUGAAGGAGUUCACCACCCGCACCGCUGAGGGCUGCCGCAUCACCUACCACCUGGUGCCGGCUGACAACGAGCGGCUCUACGGCCCAUCCUCCAUGGAGCAGAUCCAGUUCCCCUCCCCCCGCCUGCUGACCGGCGACAGCAGGAUGGCAGGCAUGACAGGCGUCUUGGAACGGCUUCUUCCCCACCUGGACCGGGGCGUCCUCCUGUGGGUGGCCCCCGAAGGCGUCUUCAUGAAGCGGCAGUGCCAGGGCAGGGUGUACUGGAAUGGGCCCAUGGCGCCGCACAACGACCGACCCAACAAGCUGGAGAGAGAGAAAACCUACAAGCUCCUGGACACCCAGCAGUUCCUGCAGCAACUACGGAGCUACCUGAGUCGUGGGGAGCCCGCGCCCCAGUAUCAGAUCCGCCUGUGCUUCGGAGAGGAGUAUCCCCCUGCCCCAAGCCAGAACUUUCAGAAGCUCAUCAUGGCCCACGUUGAACCAGUGUUUGCGCGAGAACUCUUCCUUCAUGCCCAGCGCAUGGGGCCGCUGGCACAGCGCGACUCCUCACAGCCAUAUGCUACUGAUGCUUCCAGCCACAUCACCCAGAUCCUGAAGCAGCUGUGCCAGCCCUGAGCUCCUGGUAGAGGAAGACGGAGCCAGCAAGGUGCCUCGACCUCACUCACCCUCGAGCCUGUGUAGCAUGGAAAAGAUGGUGCCCUCCCCGCACACACCCCACUAGCCCUGUCUCUGGAGGCCCUGUAACCCAGGAGCAGCAUGCCGCUGCACAUAACGACUAGAGCCCUGGAAUCGGCCCUGUAGAUCUAUUUGCAUUAGCCCCUCUCUGGGGGAGCAUGUGCUUUAUCUGCAGCUCAGGCAUGGGGACUUCAUCCCAGACUAACCCGUGGCAGGAUAGCUGGGAUGUGGCUCUGCUGGAGUACGACAGGGGAGCUGGGACAUGGCAGGUUACGUUGAUACAGAAGAAGUGUUGAUUUUUGUA